AUGACACGGCCACCGCACAACUCUGGCGCACUGCCGCCGUCGUCAUCACGCCCUCAUCGUCGCCGCUGGGUGCCGGGUAUCCUGGCCCUGCCCUAUGCGCUCAAAGAAGCCGGGUUUUACUUUGGCAUAUUCACGUUAGUAGCCGUUGCACUGCUAAGCAACCUCUCCCUUAACACGCUCAUCUACAGCGGCCGGCGCACAUCGCGGUACAAGUACGAGUCGGUAUCGGCGCAGCCUUGGGCCACUGGGGACAUCAUCUAUCUCAUCAUCAUCGGCGACCUGGGCUCAUCGCUCGUCCAGGCACUCGUCGGCCCUGGAUCACUGUGGGGCUCGCGAAACAUCGUUAUUAUUGCAGCGGCCUGCUCACUGGCCCUGCCGCUGCUGUUCUUCCGCACAUUGGCCCCCUCACGGCCCCUCGGCGCUCUCCAUCAUGUGUCUGCCGAUGAUUCCUAUGCGCAGCCGGAGCCGGCGCCCACUCCCAUCUGGGGUCCCAGCGUUCUGCCGGCCAUCGGCGUCAUUGCGUUCGCCUACGCCUGCCAGCAGACCUACCGCGUAUUCGGCUUGGAAACGCAGCCCAACUUGCUCAACAACUUUGCCUCCGACGACGGCUGGGCUAACGUGGCUCGUGCCCUGCUGGCAUUCACCCUGGCACUGACGUAUCCAAUGCAGUUCUAUCCCGUGCGCGAUCUGCUGGCCGAUGCCUUGUGUGUGUCGGUGGAUGAGCAGCCAGCUAAGUUCCAUGGCAUAACUGAUCUGGGAUUUGUGUUCAAACUUAUUGGCACAGCGGCAUCGAGUCUCAUGGUCUUUGGCCUUCCUGGAGUCAUCUAUUUGCAGCUGGUGUCACCGUACAAGUGGUGGGGACGGAAGACUGAGGACGAGUCCGCACUUCUGCUGCCUGCACCUGUUGCUGCUUCUGUCGCUGAUGAUGGCGCGAGCGACAGCGAGUUUAUCUCAGAGCCAAGUACAUCGGUGUUAUCCGCGGUGCUGCUGCUCCUAGGCCUCGGCGUCUUUGCCGUUGGAACUUGGUCAGCCGUCCAUGAAUACGUCUCGUCUAAAUAA